AUGUCUCAGAAAAAGAAAAGACCAAUCCAGGUGUGCAACUUCUGUCGCAAGCGGAAGAUCCGCUGUGAUAAAAAGAGCCCAUGUACUAGUUGUGUCAAGUUUGGAAACAAAAAGUGUGACUACGGUCUUGAACCCAACGAAGGUUCAAUGCUCACUCAGCUAACUGCCAUAAACUCCAAGUUCAUAAAUAUCACCAAAACUCUAAGUGCUGAAGAUAGUGAACGAUUCUUGGAGUCGAUAUUGCAGAAUUUAGAGGGUCUUGAAAAGAAUUUGAAAAACGGCAAGCCCGACUCUUUGUCUAUUGACUUCAACAUUAGUAAUUCGCCGUUCCAAUAUAAACCUGUUUCAGAUGAUCAGGUCUACUAUGAGGAUUCUGGGUUCGGAAAUAUUGAUGGAAACAAAAUGGUUGUGGAAACGAAAUCUGUAGAACCACUACAAGAGAAGCUGAGGCUGUAUUCGCUAGCAGAUUACUUUGAUGAUGCCAAUGAUGGAUUAUUCAAGGAAGUAUUUAUUCAGUCACAGGAUCGCUGGGACGAUGGAACUGGUGGUACGGAGCCUUUGCUGAACAAUUUACAUGUACCAUCAAACAAUGGAUACAAGAACUAUUCUCUAGCUGACUAUUUUGUGGACCUGAAUCAGGGAUAUUUCAAUGAGAACUACAUCAGGUUUAUUAGUUUCACUCCUAAAGCCAUCCUUCGAAAUGACAGAAUCAUCGGACACUUCUACACUCGGUUUUACACCGACUCAAUGAAGGUAUCCCUUUUUGACACCAGUCGACUACCCAAAUUCACUCAUCUUGACUCAUUUGUUCACAUGCACUAUAUCGAAGAAGGAAUAACCAGCCCCGAUGUUCCUCGUGCAUAUUCUGACCUUUAUGAGAUCCACCUACGGGCCGAGGCUCUACUUUCAGGUUUUAACGACAUCAAUAGGCUCCUUAACCACUUCUUCAACUACUUUCUACCAUUUCUACCAUCUAUUGAUGAAAUACAAUUCCGGGUAGACUUAAUGAAAAUCCUCAAGACAAGUGGGGUGUUUGUUUUCCGAGUUGAAUCGGUAGAUACUGGAAAUGAAGAUAAUACGCUCAUCUUAUGCAUACUUUUAGUGAUACUUAAGCUUUCAUCCUAUUGUGAACAGAUGGAAAGUGCCGGUGAUCUUCCCAUGGAAUUUAUUGAUGUUGCGGAAGCUUGUUUAGCACAUUUUGAUCUUUCUUCCUGUAGCAACAUGCUUGUGUUGCAAUUGGGGGUGUUACUUUUGUUCCAUCAAAAUGAUGCUCCUAGCUACUACCCUCCAGAAAAAUCGAGGGAUCUACUCAAUGCUUUGAUAAUUAUGGCUGAUAACAUGCGGCUUAGCAGAGACCCCCAGCAUAAAAUAUGGCAUGUCUUACACGAGGUCAACCACAGUUUGGUGGUGAACAAGAAUUUUCCCUGUAACUUCUUUGCUUGUGGGUAUGUUCCUCAUACAGCUUUGGAAAGUACUGUUUCGGAAGAAAUCUACCAGAACCUUCCGUUUCUCAACGAACUGUUUCUUGAUAUCAAGAUUCUUUUAAGCAAGAUCGAUAUAUUCAAUUGUGAAGAUGAACUUCUCAAGAAAUUCAAAGAUACCGAAGCACGGCUAUCCUUAUGGCAUGAAAACCAUAUGGUAAAUGCAUAUAACUUAAAGUGUCUCUUGGUUCUACAGACAUGCAAGCUUUCCGUCAUGUUUCAUCUUUUGGUGAUUGUCAACGUUCUAAACAAACCUGAAUACUCCGAUAUGUACUUGGGUCACACAAUUGAUGCCCUUAGAGAUAGUAUCCGGCUCAUUUCCCGAUGCAAUAUUCAAUCCAAGUGGUUUCUUGCACAUCAGGUUAUAGAUCUUGUUGAAAAGAUUUUUGCAAUCACCAUCGCCCUAUUUAUAAGGGUAAGAGCGACCGAGGUGGCUAUUAACGGUGACAAGCCGUUGUUUUCUGCUACCUGUGAGAUAUGCUUCUUUGUGUGCGUUGACUUUCUUCACCAGUUCAAGUUCAGCCCAAAGUACUACAAAGCGUGGAAAAUAGAAAUUAUUUACAAAGGACUUUUCACCUACAUCAAGAACCAGGACUUGACGAAAUUAGGAGUAUCACAGUUUGUGGGCGAAGCUUAUGGGCUUCGAAGUGCAUUGAAGUUCAUGCAAGUGUUUAUGGAAUUGGAUAACUCCGGAUUCGAUGUUUUCAAGGCUUUGGAACCAGUGGGAUUAAAAGAGUUUUGGACAAAUGGCAAAUUGGGUAACCUACUUGGAAUUUAA